CAGUGUGGCCGCGCAAACGGUCGCCAACUUGGACACAAAGCGGUCGCUUGGAAUCGCGCUCGCUGCGAAAUAUUAAACAAGCAAGGCACUAGCAGCUAACUGCUAUGCAAAUGCCAUCGAGGGUGGUGCAAUUGGAUUAGUGAAUUAGUAAAAACGAUUGACGGACGUAAAAAAGUCACAAAAGUUGAAGUCAAAAAUCGUUGUAGCGCGCAGAGUGCAAUGUGAAAAAUAAAUAUUUAAAAAAAGCGUUGAAAUAAAGUUAAAUAAAAUAUAAGUUAAAAAAGUGAAUAACAAGAAAUCGGAAAGCGGUGAAUGAUUUUAUGUCGGACUUUCAAUGUCAAACCAUUAGAAGAGACCACAGCGAAGUUGCGCGCGUGUUUGAAUAGCGUUCGGCGCUUGCGGGCGGAUAUCGUAUAUAAUAUACAUACAUACAUACAUAUAUGUUUGUAACUGAUUAUCUUGUGUUUUGGCUUUGUAAGCGCUUAUAUGUACAUAUGCAUAAAUAAAUAAUUAAUUUAUCAGCAUUGAUGCAGUUCAGUUGUAAUGAAUUCACAGAAAACCAUGAAACAUUAUAAAAAUGUGUAAAACAAGAUUAUAGCUCGAAAGACAUUAAAAAAACUGCAAUUACAUAACCAAACUGUGCGAUUUUCGAAGACCGCAUAUACCAUAAACACAGUGCAAAGCGAAGCUUCAAAAAUACUUUAUCACAUCAAUUCGAUUCACUUGGACAAACGAAAGGAAACCACCAAAACGACACUCGACAUACACGCAAACACACAGGCAUAUGGACAUGCAUAGUAGCUGUGUUGCCGCAAAGCCGUAGAGAAGGGAGCAAGCGAGCAAAUGCAGUUCCCUUAUAUUUUCAGAUAUUUAUAUAUUUUUUAACUGUAGCAACGAAGAAAAGCAAGGAAGUUAGUGAAAAAAUCGAAAAUAAAUAAAAUUGUGUGGAGAUAACAAAAAUGCAUUGGCAAGCGCGCGUAAUCCUCGUGGCGUUAGUCACGCUGUGCCUCAGCGGCGUGCUAUGGAGCUGUGUCAGUGCUUAUCAGGUGGGAGUGGGACGUGCGGAUAGUACGGGACCACCAGUGGAAAUACAUUUCAUGGGUUAUGCUAACCUCAAACAAGUGGGACGCGGUCUGCACUUGCGCCAAUUUGCACGCGCCUUCGUUGUCGAGGAUGACAACCACAAGCGCGUCGCCUUCGUCUCCGUGGAUGCGGGCAUGAUGGGUUAUGGCGUUAAGCGCGAGGUGGUGAAACGUUUGCAGGCGCGCUAUGGCGAUAUUUACACGGCAGAUAAUGUGGUUAUCAGCGGCACGCAUACUCACAGCGCACCCGGCGGCUUUCUCAUGCAUUUAUUGUAUGAUAUAUCGAUUUUGGGUUUCGUACCGCAGACUUUCGAGGCGCUUGUGCAGGGUUGCUACUUGAGUAUCAAACGCGCCACCGACAAUAUGGUCGAUGGCAGGAUCUUCCUCUCAAGAACCACUAUCCUAAAUGUGAACAUUAAUCGCUCACCAACGUCUUAUUUGCGUAAUCCCGUGGAGGAACGUGCGCAAUAUGAGCACGAUGUGGAUAAGGUGCUGACGCAAUUGCGUUUCGUCGAUUCGGAGAAUAAUUUGUUGGGCGCUUUCAAUUGGUACGCGGUACAUCCGACCUCAAUGAAUAAUACGAACAAAUUGGUGACCUCUGACAAUAUGGGUUAUGCUUCGCUGCUUUUGGAGAAGGAAUACAAUACGAAUAAAGUACCCGGAAAAGGCAAAUUUGUUGGCGCUUUCUGUUCGUCGAAUUUGGGCGAUGUGUCACCGAACAUUAUGGGUCCUAAGUGUUCGAUUAGUGGUAAUGAUUGCGAUCUACUUACUUCGAAAUGUCCACAAAAAGAAGGCGAGUGUUUUGCGUCUGGUCCCGGACGCGAUAUGUUUGAAAGCACUGAAAUUAUAGCAAGUCGUUUAGCUUAUGGUGCUUUGCGCUUACUAAACGAUAACAGUCAAGAGACGACAAGUCGUGAAAUAGUCGGCGAGUUGGCCUACAUUCACCAAUUCAUCGAUAUGCCCAACUAUAAUGGCACCACAUACAAUCCACUACAAAAAAAACUGGACAAGAUACGCGGUUGUCUGCCCGCCAUGGGUUACAGUUUUGCUGCUGGCACCACGGACGGACCGGGCGCGUUUAGUUUUGAACAGGGCACCAUUACCGGCAACGCAAUGUGGAACGCGGUGCGUGAUUUCAUAGUGCCGCCAACACAAGAAGACAUCAGCUGUCAUUCGCCGAAGCCCAUAUUAUUAGCAACUGGCAGGGCGACAUUCCCCUACGAGUGGCAACCGAAAAUUGUGUCUACGCAGCUGUUGAAGAUCGGCGAUCUGAUACUCGCUGCUGUGCCCGGCGAAUUCACCACAAUGGCUGGACGUCGUUUGCGUAAUAAGAUUAGCGCUGUGGCUGUGGCGACUGGGGGCAAAGAUACGGAAGUCAUUAUCGCCGGUUUAUCGAAUAUCUAUACUAGUUAUAUCACAACGCCGGAGGAGUAUCAAGCCCAAAGGUAUGAGGCAGCAUCGACAAUUUUUGGUCCGAACACGCAUACAAUCUAUAUGGAUGUCUUCGAGCAAUUGACGAAAGCAAUGAUACGUGGCGAGCGCCUGCCACCGGGACCCGCACCACCAUACAUGAAUGAUCGCAUGCUGUCGAUGAAUACUGGCGUCAUUUUCGAUGGUCAUCCGAUCGGCAAGGAUUUCGGUUUCGUUAAGCUGCAACCCAAAAAGUCGUACCAAAUCAAUGAAACUGUGGUAGUCACUUUUAUUGCUGGCAAUCCGCGUAAUAAUCUAUUCCCUGAGAAGACAUACUUUGCGGUAGAGCGUAAGAUCAACGAAGAACGUUGGAAGGUCGCUUAUACAGAUGCCAGUUGGGAAACGAAAUUCAUUUGGGAGCGCGUUCAUCUGAUACUCGGCUUCAGCGAUAUUCACGUUCACUGGACCAUCGGCGCUAACACUCUGCCCGGCGAAUAUCGCAUUCGGCAUUUCGGCAAUUACAAGUAUAUUUUAGGUGGCAUUUUCCCAUAUGAAGGCAUUUCGAACUCAUUCUUGGUGACGGAAGACUAAUCGCUGCUUUAUAUGUCUGCACAUGUAGAAGACGACGGACGACGAUUGGAUUACUAGUCAGAGACUGCGCUCAUCAGGUGUUACUGCUUCUCAACUACAUACUAUAUAGUACAUAUGUAAAGCAUAUAAAUUUUUUAUAACAAGUUGUAUGUACUUGUAAAUAUGUACAAUGUGUGUGGUACAGUGCCAUACAAAUAAUACAUACACACAUAUUUAUUUGUUUAUUAUUGUUAGUUGUGUAUAUACUAUAUAAUGGAAAAUGUAGGAAUAAAUAUAUAAACGACUGUUGUACCAAUAA